CUGCCGAAGCCCUGCAUCUGCCGAUGAUGCCAAGAUGGCUGACGAGGGGGUGCGGCUGCCAGACUACCUGGAGGAGCUGCUGGCCGAGCUUAGUGGGCCCUUCCUGCGACCCAAGGAGGAGGCCAAGGGCGCUACCCUCGAGGAGAUUGCUGGAGCAGUUGAGACCCUGAAGGAAACAGUGAAGCCUCAGGACUUGGACAGCAACGACCCCCGCCGCGCCUCGAUCUUCGACGCCUUCGUCGCGGCCGGCUUCGCCUGGUCCGUCCGCAAGAAGCGCCGCGUCGCCGCCCGGCGAAGCAGCGACGGCUUCGAGCCGCAGAUCGUGUGGAAAAGCGAUGCCAACGGUGGAAGGCCCAUGUCCAAGCGCGCCGAGAUCCGCCGCAAGAUCGCCAAGGCCGACGCUUCGUCGGCGCCCAAGAACCGCAGCUCCAAAGGCGUCCCCGGGUCGUCGGGGUCUGGGCGCGGAGCCAACUCCCGCGGCACGAUGACGCGCCUGGAGUCGGUGAUUCCGGAUGAGACCCCGACGGCCACUCCCUUAGAGAUCACCGGUUUCGAUCUGCUGGGUUUGGACACCGAUCUGACGCCGCACCGCACGGGCAGCCCAGUGACGCCCCUAACGAGUCGACCGGUGACGCCACGGAGUCGGCCGAGCACGCGACCGACCACACCGGUGGAGACGAAGUUGGAGUGUCCCAUGGUGGUGAGAUCGCUGGUGCCCAACGUUUCGGCCUCCAUUCCGGAACCUGGACCAGAGGUCCCGGAAGGCAGGAAUUGGACCAGGGAAUCCUCCAUGGAUCCAGGUGAGGAUGGCCAUUUUUUCCGGGCCAUCUCCUGUGCACACCGUGGGAAGUACAAUCGAGCCUUGAGCUCCAGUUUUCUCAGGCAGAUCAGUCCCAUGUUGCGGCAGAUCUCCCCCGAGCGGCAGCAGGUCUCGGAGGGUCGCAGCGGUCAGGGCUCGCCUCCGCCGGAGUUCCGGCGGCUCAUCUCGCCAGCUUUCAGCAAGACGAAGUCCGAACCCAUGCCCGCCAUGACCUCCUCAGGGGUCGAGCGCGCCGGUGCCCAGCUGCCCAGUCCCAUCAGCUUCCAACCUGGCGCCGAGGUCCAGCGUCUGCAGACCCACGAAGACGAAGAUGGAGAUGAUCAAGGUUCAGACGCUGGAAGAUACGCACCCUUAGAGGAGGAGGACAAGGACAGCAACUUGCCAGAGACCAGUAAGAGCAGCUUCAGCAAGAGCAGCUUUGGUCUCGACAAAACCUUUAGCUUCAAGGAUGACGGGAACAUGUCCAGAGAGUUCAGCUGGGAGGCGCUGGACGCCCCCGUGGCGCCUUCGGACGCGCGGAGCACCGCUUCCUCAGCCCCACAGCUGGACGCGAGCAUUGCGCCCGCGGCGCAGGGUCAGGGAGCGACAGAUGCGUCAAUGGAACCAUCCGGAGAGCCCGACCCCCAGCAGUCAGUGCUCGAUGUGGGCGCUUCGAUCAGCCUAUCUUCUGAGGACCUUGGUAGCGUCUACCUGGUUCCGCCCUGGGCACUACGAGACCAUCUCCAGCUGGAUUCGCGAGGCGCUACCCCACUGAUGCGCGAGAGCAUGGACAGAGAGCUUCAAGAAGUCGUGAAGGCGUUGGAACAGGCGCCAGCUUUGCGUGGCAGAGUCCCCAGUGUCCGGACGCCAGAACGACCAAAUUCCGGUGGUCUGGUGGCUCGGAUGCGACAUUUGGUGGCCGCCAGCCCUGAGUUGAUUCCAGUUCGUCCAGGUCCAAAGAUGGCACUGGGCACUUCACUCCUCAGCAUGUCUCAUCCAUCGCGUAGCACGACCAAGGCUCAGCUGCAAGCACAAUCACAGGCCAUGGUGAAAUGCAAGAUGCCACGGCAGGCUCACCAUCUGCACCACACACCUGCCUCCACUGAACCCUGGCGAAUCGGCCAGGACGCAGAUCCAGCGCGGGAUGAAGAGUCAGGUGUAGAUUCGCCGCCCGUGCCGCCCGUGCCGCCCGUGGAGCUGUCAUUUAUCGAGGAGACCUUCUUCCUAACUGACCCGUGAGUUGGCCGCCACUCUGGCCAUGGAUGGCCAUGGGGCCGGGAUUGAAUCAACCAGGUCCGUGACCCCCAGGUCUGUUGAUGAUGAACCCUUCCAAAAAGUGGUUGCUGGUGGUUACGGUAGACCCUUAGUAGAUCUG